AGAAAGAUAAGAGAGCCUCAUGCUUCUUCAUUUAAAUCCCCUCCUCUAGAUCCCUGACUCUCCUGUGGUCCUUCCUCUAUUCUAAAAUGGAAUUUUUGUUGUCUCUGCAUCUACCUACAGCACCUGAAACAGUGAAACCUGAAAGCUCUCUCCCUUUAAAACCCUUCUUUCUUUCUCUGUAUUAUUGAGAGGACUGAAGUUCUAGGCCUCUAUCUUAUCAGUUUUCCCUUUCUUUCUUCUUUCUGUCCCUUUUUCUUCUGUUUCAUGUUCAAAGAUCCUAUAUAAGCCACCACAAAUCUUGCUUCUGCAACCCCUAGUUAACAUCCUGAUUAAACUUUCAGAACUUUCUUAUUCUCUGUUACAGUAACCCAGCUUCAUGAUUUGAUAGUCUCAUACCCUCAGUUUCUCAAGCUCUAGUCUCAUCUUAUUCUUCUGAAGACCUGACCUUGUUUAUUUCCUAGUUGAUAAAUUCCAUCCUCUGAAAAAUUUUAAUUUCUGGGGCAAAUUAUUUUCACUUUUUCUAGUUCAAAAUCAAGGUUUUCUGAAGGGUGAUCAAUUAGUAGUGUUUCAAUCUGGUAAGGAUGGAUCUUUUUCACAACCCAUCUUCUCUAAAACCAAACAGAUUUGAAACAGCUAUAUGGGUCUCAAAGCUUGUGAUCAUGUCCAUGGGGAUUGCCUCCAUUCUUGUUUUGUUGAAAGUUACCAUAAUCCCCUGCACAUUCGACCUUGUUCUCUCUACUCUCCCUCGUCUUUGGGUCUCAGCAAGAAGCUGGCUAACACUUCCAUUCCUCUAUGUUAUAGUCAACUUCAUCAUCCUCACCAUUGCAGCUUCCUCCAACUUCUUCCCCCACAAAAGCAGCAGCAAUAACCCCAUAUCCUUUUCCUCCUCCGUUUUGGACACUGCCACCUACAUCACAGAGCCAGAAGAAGAACAUGAAACCAAAGAGCCCAAGGAAGAAGAAGAAAAAGAGGUUGAAGAGGUAGUAAUAGAGGAAGUGGACCAAGAAGAAGAAGAGAAAGGGGUACUGAAUGACUCUGUUUUUACUUUCAACAAAUUCAUCACUGACGACCCAUCACCGGAAAAUUGCACCAACGACUAUUUCUUGCCGGAUUCCGGUGACAACGAUGACGACACACUGGAAGCGACGUGGAGGGCUAUAAUGGAAGGACAGGGAAAAACGAUGAAGCCACAGCUGAAGAAGAGUGAUACAUGGACUGCGAGGAUUGUGAAAGCAGAGCCAUUCAGAAACAAUGGUAAAAGGGGUGGUGGUGGUGGUGAGGAUCCAGUGGCUUGGGCUCAGAAGGAGCUGACAAAAUCUGACACUUUCAACGACAGAGCCUCGUUGAGGAGGGAAAAAUCCAUGAGCCCUGAGGAGUUGGCACUCAGAUCAGAGGCUUUCAUCAAGAAUUUCAACAAUCAGAUGAAGUUGCAGAGGCUGGAAUCUUACCAGCGUUUCAAGGAAAUGGUCAGUCGCGGUCGUGUUUGAAUUUGAUGAGGUUACUCUUUCCUUUUCACCAGUCACAGUGAAAAUAUUUAGCAAAGUGACAAAAUCUCUGGAAGUUUAUUAACCAAUUGGAGGAUUUUCAGUGUACAUAUUUUUGCUGCUGAGACUGUGUGAAGAAGGCAAGACAUGAAUCAGACAAGGUGGCCUUUUUUCUUGUUACAUAGUGGACAUAAGUUAGUUUCUCCGUAACCUGUUGUGCUCUCUUUCUAUUGUCUAGGUCUUUCCUCUGCAUGUUUUCCUAGCUAUUCAGAAGUCUAGUGUUUCUUAUAUUACAGAAUAAUGUUUGUAUUGAUAAUGUAAUUACCCUAGGCAUCAGUGUAAGAGAAAUAUUUGAAAUUGCAUGAGCAAUUUCUCCAAUUCCUUUUUA